AUGAAAGACAGUAAAGGCUGGGAUGGAAAGCUGAGAGUCGAGCCUAAGGCUACGAUCACGAAUCCAGAGGCCCUGGAGGAUCCAAAUUACUCGGAUUCCGAUGCGCCGCCGGUUGAGGAGAUUGAGGCUGAUGAGGAUCUGCUUGAGGAUGAGGAUCGAGAGACGCAAGAAAUCGACCUCGUACAUUUUCGCAUCACUUCGAUCCCAGCUUUGCGACUAGAACGAUUCCCCAAGCUCCAGAGAAUAUGCCUCCGACAGAACCAGAUUACUCGCAUCGACUUCCCCUCCGAAAUCGCGCCCACGCUGAUCGAACUCGAUCUCUACGAUAACCUCAUUUCGCACGUCAAGGGUCUCGAUGAGUUCCGGGACCUGACGAGUCUAGACCUGAGCUUCAACAAGAUCAAGCACAUCAAGAAUAUCUCGCAUUUGGUGAAUCUGACAGAUCUGUACUUUGUUCAGAACAGGAUAUCCAAGAUUGAGGGGUUGGAGGGCUUGACGAAGUUGCGGAAUCUAGAGCUGGGGGCGAACAGGAUUAGGGAAAUCGAGAAUCUUGAUACCCUAACCUCGUUGGAGGAGAUCUGGCUUGGGAAGAACAAGAUUACAGAAAUGAAGGUUCGUCUCUUAGUUUGCCAUAUUCCCGACCAGGCUAACUCGACCCAGAACUUCGACGCGCUGUCGAACCUCCGCAUCAUCUCCAUCCAGUCGAAUCGACUCACCAGCAUUACUGGCCUCUCCUCGCUCAAGAACCUCGAAGAACUCUACCUAUCCCAUAACGCCAUCACCGACCUCAGCGGACUCGAGUCCAAUACCUCGUUGCGCGUCCUGGAUUUCUCCAAUAAUCAAGUUUCGAAGCUGGAACACAUCUCCCAUCUGAAGAAUCUGGAGGAGCUGUGGGCGUCCAACAACGAACUCUCGAGCUUUGAGGAGGUGGAGCGCGAGUUGAAAGAUAAAGAGAAGCUGCAGACGGUAUAUUUUGAAGGGAACCCAUUGCAGACCAAGGGGCCGGCGGUGUAUCGAAACAAGGUGCGGUUGGCGCUGCCGCAAGUUAUGCAGAUUGAUGCGACCUUUAUCCGGCUCGGGUGA